AAGCCUUGCGGUGUAUCUUUGUCUUCAGAUAACUGAAGGUGGCUUGAAAGAGGGACUGCUGCUUCUCCCAGCUUUGCUGAAGAUGAAGUGCGGGCGGGCACUUACCGCCAGCUUUUCCAUCCAGAGCAGUUGAUCACUGGCAAGGAAGAUGCAGCUAAUAACUAUGCCCGUGGUCACUACACCAUUGGGAAAGACAGAAUUGAGAUGGCAUUGGAUCGCAUUAGAAAACUGGCUGACACGUGUUCAGGGCUACAGGGAUUCCUGAUUUUCCACAGCUUUGGCGGAGGCACAGGCUCUGGCUUUACCUCCCUGCUGAUGGAGCGCCUGUCAGUGGACUAUGGCAAGAAGUCCAAACUGGAGUUUGCCAUCUAUCCGGCACCCCAGGUUUCGACUGCAGUGGUGGAGCCCUACAAUUCUAUCCUGACCACCCACACCACUUUGGAGCAUUCCGACUGCGCCUUCAUGGUGGACAACGAGGCCAUCUAUGACAUCUGCCGUCGUAAUUUGGACAUCGAGCGCCCCACUUACACCAACCUGAACCGCCUCAUUAGCCAGAUUGUCUCCUCCAUCACCGCUUCCCUGCGUUUCGAUGGCGCCCUCAAUGUGGACUUGACCGAGUUCCAGACCAACCUGGUGCCAUACCCUCGCAUCCACUUCCCGCUGGUGACCUACGCACCCAUCAUCUCCUCCGAGAGGGCCUACCACGAGCAGCUCUCUGUGGCUGAAAUCACCAGCUCCUGCUUUGAGCCCAACAACCAGAUGGUAAAAUGUGACCCCCGCCAUGGGAAGUACAUGGCCUGCUGCAUGCUCUACCGUGGUGAUGUGGUGCCCAAAGAUGUCAACGUAGCGAUCGCUGCUAUCAAGACCAAGAGAGCAAUCCAAUUUGUUGACUGGUGUCCAACUGGCUUCAAGGUUGGCAUCAAUUACCAGCCCCCUACUGUAACCCCUGGAGGAGAUCUGGCCCAAGUCCAGCGUGCGGUCUGCAUGCUUAGCAAUACCACAGCCAUUGCUGAAGCCUGGGCAAGGCUCAACCACAAGUUUGACCUUAUGUUCGCCAAGAGAGCGUUUGUGCAUUGGUAUGUUGGUGAAGGCAUGGAAGAAGGGGAGUUUGUAGAAGCUCGAGAGGACCUGUCUGCACUGGAGAAGGACUAUGAGGAAGUGGCAACUGACUCCUUUGAGUCGGUAGUUGACAACGAGGAAGUCUAA